AGGAACAGAACCAAAUUGCCACAAUGGACACGGCUAUCGACCUUUCCGACGCAUCCAAGGCCCUGGAUCUCGCCAACAUCCGCUUCCAGCUCAUCCGUCUAGAGGACACAAUCACUUUCCACCUAAUCGAGCGGGUGCAGUUCCCCCUCAACAAAACAAUCUAUAUCCCCGGCGGCGUUAAAAUCCCCAAUGAACAAAUCAGCCUGAUGGACUACCUGCUUCGCGAAACUGAACGGCUGCAAUCGCGCGUCCGCCGCUACCAGUCUCCUGAUGAGUACCCGUUCUUCCCGUCUGCGCUGGAGAAACCCAUCCUACAACCGCUCGACUACCCUAAGAUCCUCCACGACAACGACGUCAAUGUCAACGAGACCAUCAAAACGCGGUACGUGCAGGAUAUUCUACCUGCGAUUUGCCCGCAAUUUGGCGGGCGCGAGGACCGUGGGGAGACGCAGGAAAAUUAUGGAUCAGCGGCGACGUGUGACGUGAGCUGUUUGCAGGCGCUAUCACGGCGCAUUCACUUCGGAAAGUUUGUGGCCGAGUCGAAGUUCCAGAAGGAGACGGAAAAGUUUGUUGCGCUGAUUAAGGCAGGGGAUCGCAAGGAAAUUGAUGAGGCGAUUACGGAUGCGAAAGUUGAGCAAAAGGUGCUGGAGCGGUUGGCGCUCAAGGCAAAGACUUACGGGACAGAUCCUGGCUUUCCUGAGCAGUCGGGGCCGAAGAUUGAUGUUCAGGCUGUGCAGGACAUGUACAAGGAAUACGUUAUCCCUUUGACCAAGGUUGUCGAAGUAGAGUACCUGAUGCAACGCCUUAAGGGCACUCAAUGGGAGUAGCUGUGCUCUCGAACAGUUCGCCAUGCCGUAACGACAAUAGACCCUAAAACAAAAAUAGAAACUUUUAUUAUGUUC